AUGGUUAAUUCAGAGCUUCUACCUUUCCCAAAAUCUCAAUCUUUUCCCUUGGGGGAAUCCCUACCACCCAAGGACAUUCAUGCUGUGAGCGUUUCUAUCCCUACGUGGGACGAAAUAGUACGUUAUAUGAAGGGCGACGAAGAUAUUCACCAGAAAUUGCAAGCGGACUACCCAAGGCAUGACACGAUUCACUCUGUAUCAGAGCAAUGGUCUAACCCAUGCUGCAGAUUUUACCAACACGCAAUUGUUUCGAAGUUGAACGAUGCCGUUCUUGCUAGAGUGGGCGCCGCUGAGUCUGUUGGAUGCAUGAUUUUUCCCUCUGAAGAUGGUAUGCGGCGAUGUACGGAGCACCUUCAGAAAACCGCAGACCUCGCCUUUCCCAUUCGGGAGGUGGAAUUCCGUUUAACUCAGGACGUUUCCAGAGAAAAUGUUACCUGGGGUCACUUCUUUGCUGUGCUCUUCCCCGAGAAGUCUAGGGAACAUGCGGCGGGAUUCUGGGGCUUUAUGGGAGACGGCAUCUCCAGUCGUCAUGCAGAGUUUUGCCUUGAAAGGUUUCCCUUCAUGGACUCGGUUUCUCUCGACCCCUCCUUGCAAACAGCUGCAACAAGCAAUGAGACAGAACGGAUGCCUGCAGUUCCUUGGGACCAUUCCGACUCUGGUACCAAGGACAAGAUAAAGAAUCUGAUCGCUAAAUGGGCUCGUUCAGAAAAGUCGAGUCAAGACCCAGUCCGGCCACAAGAUGUCUUUCUUUACCCCAGAGGCAUGUGUGCAAUUGGGAGCUUGGCAAGGAGUCUCGUUCCGAGCUCCACAGACGCUUCAGAAGCAGUUGUAUUUGGAUGGCCGUAUGGAUCAACGCCGAAGUGUGUCCAAGAUAGCGGAUAUGACCGCUUCACAUUCCACGACCAAGGUACAUCAGAAGAACUAGACGCGCUAGAAAGGUCGCUAGCAUCUGGACGCCUGAUAUCAUGCCUUUUCUGUGAACUUCCAUCUAAUCCGCUAUGUGCGACACCGGACCUCCAUCGUAUUCGUCGACUUGCUGAUCAGUAUUCCUUCGUGGUGAUCUGUGAUGAAACCAUUGGCACCUUUGUUAAUGUGGAUGUGAUCCCUUAUGCUGACAUUGUUGUCACCAGCCUCACCAAGAUUUUCAGCGGAGCGUGUAAUGUCAUGGGAGGGAGCGUGAUUCUGAACGCCCAGUCGCCGAUGUACGAAGAGUUACAUGCGAAACUCAGUAGCAGCCACGAAGAUCUCAUCUACCCCCUCGACGCAAAGGUACUUCUUCGAAAUUGUAUUGAUUUCCCAUCUCGUGUCCAAAAGGCAAGCUGCAAUGGGUUGGCAAUCGCCAACUUCCUCACAACCCACAAGUCGAUCUCCAAAGUUAACUACCCUACAAUGGUGGCCACCGCACCACUCUACGAACGAUAUCGCCGUCCUGGCGGCGGCUAUGGAUCCUUGAUUAGCAUCGUGUUUCGAAAUCCUGACAGCGCCGUUCUGUUCUACAACACUAUUGACCUAUGCAAGGGGCCCAGCUUUGGGACCAAUUUCACGCUUGUGCUUCCGUAUUCUCAGCUUGCGCAUGCUCAUCAAUUGGAUUGGGCGGAGUCAAAGGGACUCGCGAAACAUCUCAUCAGGAUUAGUGUGGGGCUGGAAGAGGAGAGUGGUCUGAUUACGAAGCUUGGCCGGGCUCUGGAAGAGGUCGAGAGAUUUGAAGACGGGCUGGCCAGUGGAGCAAGCUCUGGUGGUGCUCAUGGGGCGGCCUGA